UUUUUUCAUCUUUUAGACUAAGUUAUUGUCUAUCAAAAAAAGGAAAAAAACAGCGAAACAACCUAUUUUUACCAGGCUGCAGAAACACUCAAACAUCGCAAAAGCGUCAUUUUCUUCGUUAGAGCAGAGUAAGCAGAGCGACCAAAAAUCGUUUUAAAACAAGAGGCAAAUGGCUGAAAACGACUAUUCGUGAGCGCACGGAAAUAAUUGAAUUCCUCCAAAUUAAAAUAAAAGAAAAGCUUCCUUUUAAUACUCCCCCUGUAUUUCGUGAGUCCCGUGCGUUUUCAAAUGCCGCGUAGUGAACUAUAUUCGAUAUAUUAAUCGAUAUAUACGUUUUACUUCCAUCCCUAGCCCGCAGGUUAUAAGAAAUUCCUGUUUGUUGAGCAAAACGAGAAAAAAAUUGUGGUUCUUGCUAUGAUAACAGGAAAACUAACACCUCCCAAUUAGCCCCAUCAACAGACAGUAAGAAGGUAAAGGAAGAGCUGGAGAAGCCCUAAUUAUGGCCCAAUUAAAAAAGCUCUACUUGAGCUCCGACAUCGAAGGUCUGGAGAAGAUGUCAAUCAUUCCCGAUUGUCGCAACAAGAGCAUGAAAAUCCUGCUCAACACCGCCCGCAAACUGUACAUGAAUGCCGAAGAAAAACGCCUGGAUGGCGACGAGGAGCAGGCCUACAUCGCCUACAUGAAGUACUUCAACAUGCUGCACGCUAUUCACAACAAACCGGACUAUGCUAACCACAAGACGACAGUGCGCCAGAUGCUGGGCGAUACCGCGUCGAAUCGCCGCAUCAUGGACUCGCUAGAGCUGAUAACCCAGUCUCUGUCGCUUCGCUAUGAGCAGUUGCAUAGCUCAGCGGCGGAACCAAUUGCUGCUUCAAUCGUCGCCAAUGGGCAGGAGCCAGAAAGAUCGACAGGAGAAUUGCCCACGAAAUUAGCCCGAUUGGGGUUGAUUACAUGCGAGGAGCUGUACCGGCGCAUGCAGGAAAAGUCUGUUCUGGUCAUGGACUGUCGCCCCAGUGCCGACUACGAAGUUUCUCACCUCACCUACUACUGUGCAUUCAAUGUACCUGAAGAGCUCAUAAUACCGGGAAUGUCGGCUGGCCGAUUGCAGGCUCGUCUUAGCAGCACCAGCAAGGCUGCAUGGGCUUCUCGUGCCGUAAAGGAUUCGGUGGUUUUAAUAGACUGGAACACCAAGGACUCCCCGCCAGCUUCGAAUACAGCUAUUGCCACCCUCCUUGACAUCCUAAAGAAGUGGGAUCCGGAUGUGACCUACCGGGCUCCCAUUCAGAUCGUUGAGCGCGGCUAUGAAUUCUUCAUCAUGAUGUACCCCACCCAUUGCACAAAUCCCAGUGUACAGGCGCCGCAGCAGAACAAUAAUGACAUUGAAACCAUCGAUGACAUUGAAUACCCGUCGAUCCACGACAUCACCAUGAAAGAAGACAUCAGCGCGAAGGACUUUAAGCCCAGACCAGAUAUUAACAGAGCCAGCAAGCCUGCGGCCAUGCGCACCUACGACCAGCAGGGGCCAAACAAGACAAACGAAGUGCCUACACCGAAGGCCAUAGCGGAGAUUAUGCGGGAUCAGGCGGAAUUUCUCCAGCGGGCAGAGCAAAAUGACGCGCAGCUGGAGAGUGCCUCGAAAAUAUGGAAGCGACAGGCCAUAAAGGGCGACGACUUAACUGCAGUUGAAAAUCAGGAGCUCCAUUUCCGAAUCCUCCAGCUAGAAAGCAAAGACCUGGACAAUGUUAUUGAGAACAAUCGGCUGCGAGACGAACUGAACCGCCUUAAGGAAGAGCAGCUAACAGCCAAGGAGAUGGAGGCGACGCGAAAUAUCGAGACAAAGAUCAAGGAGCGACAACGGUUGGACGAGCUGCACGAGCAAGAGCGGCUGAACCGGGAGCGCCAACUAGCGAUUGCACGCGAAGCAAAGAAAGCUUAUAAAUCCCCACCGCCUUCCCAGCAUGAUUUAUUGACCGGUGAAGAAAUGACACCGAUAGUUCCGGAUCCGUCAUAUGAACCCAGUCCAGUGGAAAGGCCCACUUUCGAUCGGUCUAUGAAACCACAGUCCAGAAGCGAGGAAAGGCCAGUACAGAGGGUCCGUGAUUUCUCACCCGUCGCGGGUCACAAUGUGGGACGCGGUUUGACGGGCCUCAAGAAUCUGGGAAACACCUGUUACAUGAACAGUAUUCUGCAGUGCUUGAGUAAUACGGUCCAGCUAACUGAGUACUGCAUAUCGGACAAAUACAAAGAGUACAUUAGCAGAAGCAACAGCAGGACCAAUGGACACGUGAUCGAGGAGGUGGCCGCACUUAUUAAGGAGCUGUGGAACGGCCAGUAUAAGUGUGUGGCCAGUCGCGAUUUAAGGUACGUUGUUGGCCAAUAUCAGCAGAUCUUUCGAGGCUUUGAUCAGCAAGAUUCUCACGAAUUCCUUACCAUUUUGAUGGAUUGGCUUCACUCGGACCUACAGACGCUGCGCGUAGCUCGCCAGCGGGAGACGAUGAGCGCCUCGGAAAAAGCCUGGCUGGAGUUCACCAAUGCCAAGGAGAGCAUGAUAUUGCAUUUAUUCUAUGGCCAGAUGAAGAGCACGGUAAAGUGCGUGGCCUGCCACAAGGAGUCGGCCACAUACGAGUGCUUCUCGAAUCUCAGUUUGGAGCUGCCGCCCAAUUCCAAUGUCUGCCAGCUCAGCCAGUGCAUGGACAUGUACUUCAGCGGAGAGCGCAUCCAUGGCUGGAAUUGCCCAAAUUGCAAAACCAAAAGAGGUGCCAUAAAGAAAUUGGAUAUAUCGAAGCUGCCGCCGGUGCUGGUGGUUCAUUUAAAGCGUUUUUACGCUGACCCCAGCAAUUCUUGUGCGUAUAUAAAGAAGCAGAACUAUUUGCGUUUUCCUUUGGAGAACCUGGAGAUGAGCCCAUAUAUUGCGCGGGCGGAGUCGCGGGCAGGUACGCCCAAAACCUAUCAGCUCUAUGCCGUUUCAAAUCACUAUGGGUCCAUGGAGGGUGGCCACUAUACGGCCUUUUGCAAAAGCGCUAACUACGGCAAGUGGUUUAAGUUCGACGACCAGGUCGUCACAACGCUGGAUGCCUCGAAUGUCGUCUCCAGCGCCGCCUACAUUCUAUUUUACACUUGGUUGCCGCCUAUGCAAUUGACAUUGUGAGCGCCGCUCUGUUCGCAUUCUCUUUCUCCGACGAUGUUCACGUUUUAAAUUGUAUUUUGAUUUACGCGAUUCGAUUAUUUGUCUAGCCUCUUGUCUAGUCGCUCCCACCCACUUAUCAUUUACCAAUUACCGAAUAACUGUUGCUCGUUUGUUUGUUGUUGAAGAAAGGAUAAUGUUAGGCAAGGGGGCGUAUUCUUAAGGGGUGUGAAAUGAGCGCUCACAUAUGUACACUUAUGGUCGCGAUUGUGUAUUUAUAGCUUAUUGUAUUUUGCAAUAAUAUUUUUAAACCAAAAAAAUAAACGAAAUUAAAUUUCUGGUAUAUAAAGGGUUUGCCCGUUUAUAUACUUUUCAUAGCAGA